GGCUGGGGCGACAUGGACUUUCGCUCGGCUCAGCGGGCAAUCCUUCAGCUGCUCGGUUCUGUGGCUCCAGCCGACCGCACGGCGCUGCUCCAAUGGAUGCGAACUACCAGAGAUUUUGAUGAAUUCAUACACGAUAAUACUGACAUUAUGUUGAAAAACAUAGCGGAUGACCUUCGGAAUUGCUUGCCUCUAGAAACCAUGCUUUCUUCAGAACAUCUAGCUCUUCAAAAAGUAAGAUUUCUUUCUCAUUCCUUGUCCAUCGUGGAGUUGAAGUUCAUUUAUCAUCAUGUACUCCCUGACCUGUCGGGAAAGGUCUUGGUUGACGUUGGCUCCAGACUUGGCACAGUCCUUUAUGGGGGUUACCUUUACAGUUCAGCUAUACAGCUCUAUGGAGUAGAAUUGAAUGGAGACUUUUGCCAAUUGCAGGAAAUGGUCAUUAAAAAAUACCAGUUCAGUGACAGAAUAAAGGUGCUUCAUGCAGACAUCUGUACCCAGGGCUCACUUCUGCAAAAUGCUGAUGUCAUCAUCAUGAAUAACGUCUUCGAAUAUUUUCUUAAUGAGGCACAACAAGUCAGUGCCUGGGAAUAUAUCAGCCACAACGUAAGGAAAAAAGGAUCAUUAUUAGUGACAGUACCAAGUCUUGAAGAUUCUCUUUCAGGUCUUCAAACCAAUAUAGAGUUAUCCCUCUGGGUUGAAGAGGUACCACUGAACUAUGAGGUAUACCCACAAAAGGAUAUUGACAGAGAAGCCCUGGAACAAAUUCAUUUAUAUAAGAUUCUCUAGCUCUAAAGCAACCCCAUCUACCUAGUACAGUGUUGCAUUGAGUGUAUUACAAAGUAAUGAGGAGACAUGCCAGUAUCCUACUAACAAUUUUCUGUAUAUUCUCUUUAUACUUUGUAUAUGAUUGCAUAGUUUUAUAUGUAUAUACAUACAUAUGGAUGCAUAUGUAGGUACAUAUACAACUCUGUUCUACUUUGUAUGAUAACAUAAUUAAAAUAUUUAUUUGGGGCUGGGAAGGUGGCUCAGUGGUAGAGCGCUUG